AUGGCGGAUGAAAUGGAAAUUCUCAAUAAGUUAGAAAAUCUCAAGGAAUUAAGGGCCAAAACCUUACAAUUAGAAAAGGUCAAAAGUCGUCUGAAGCAGGAGUUUGAGUUGACUGAAAAUGAGGAACACUGUCUUGAGGAAUACAAACAAGAGAUGGAACUUCUAUUGCAGGAGAAAAUGGCUCAUGUUGAAGAACUUCGUCUCAUCCAUGCUGACAUUAAUUUGAUGGAGACAACCAUAAAACAAGCAGAAGAUGAGAGAAACAAAGCAUUAGAAGCAACAAAACGGUUGUAUGAAGAAUACCGUCCUUUGAAAGAUGAAGUGGACAGCCUAAGGGCCAUGAUUGGGUUAAUCAAAUUACCUGAUCUUCAAGAAGAAGAAGAAAAACUAACUCCAGAAUAUUUUGAAAAACAAAACGUUGAAUGGCAGACAGAAACAGUAGAGUCAACUUUGCCUCAGUCAUUAGCAAUGGCAGCUGCUGCUGCACAACAGAUCCAAGUGCCACGCAACAAAAAUGAACGACAAGCAUUCCGUCAACAACCACCACCCAUGAAGGCCUGCCUAUCAUGUCACCAACAGAUUCACAGAAAUGCUCCCAUAUGUCCAUUGUGCAAGGCCAAAAGCAGAUCUCGCAACCCCAAGAAACCUAAACGCAAAUUGGAUGAAUGA